UGCGGGAUGCCACACGUUCGAUUAUUUUGGUUUGUGAAAACAUUGCAACAGACACCAUAUUAGCGAAACAAAUGACCGAAUAUGGCCGGUUGGUUCUUUUGAUUGGCGACUACCACACACCGCAAAGGAAAGCCGAUGUACCAUCAUGCUUUAAAGAGUUGCUGAAUACCGACAAGAUCGGCAUGGUUCUGUGCACUGGCAAUGUCGGCGCUCAAUCAGUGGCCGAACAGUUGCGAACAAUUGCUGGCGAGGAUUGUCAUAUUGUUUGUGGAGAUGCCGAUCAUGAUUUCAACUUUCCAGAAACGUGGGUCACAAAUGUGGGUGAGUUCAAAGUUGGCAUUGUUCAUGGGCAUCAAAUUGUGCCUUGGGGCGACGACAAUUCCCUUGUGAAGUUUGCCGGCAAACUUGGUGUUGACAUCCUGGUAUCAGGUCACACACACAGGAACAGCAUUGUUGAGCUUGGUGGGAAGUUCUUGAUAAACCCUGGCUCAGUGACAGGGGCCUGCAAUGCUGUUGGUGAGUUUGACAUUACGCCGUCUUUCAUGCUGAUGGCCGUUCAGGAAAAGUCAGUGGUACUGUACACGUAUGAGCUGAAGGAGGGCCAAACUGAGCCGGAGGUAAAAAUGAAUGAGCUGAAGCGAUGAUAACGUAUUUUGUAAUAUGU